AUGGCUCCAGCCUCUUCGCUCAUUCUCCUAAUUUUGGUCUCUGGGGUGUCGAAAUCUCUCGCCUCUACUUGGACUCUCCCAUUCAGCGAACAUGCCAAUAUCUGGCAUCAUUUACUUCAGCGCGCUGUGGUCCCAGGUUUCCCUCUCGCAGAACAAGGCUCUUUUUCAGACUUCGGUCUCAGUACCUCUUGCGAACAAUCUCUCUAUCAGAUUUUGAAAUGCGACAACUAUACAGCGGCUUUGGCAGAUCCAGUCUACCAUGGCAGCCUGAACGAUAUAGCGAUGACAGACGUAGUGUGUGACGCAGGAUGCUCUGACUCUCUUCGAACCAUACGUCGGAGAGUAAAUGGAGCAUGUGCGUCUACUCCUGAACUGUUCCCUGGGUACCCGGUGAUUGCAUUGAUCGACAGUAUAUGGGGUGGCUGGAACGAAACAUGUAUCAAAGACCCUGAGUCUGGGAAGUACUGCAAUGAUGUGAUUGAAUCUUGGUCUCCUGUGGAUGACUUCAAGGCAUUACCAAAAGAUCAACUGUGUUCGACUUGCCAAAAAGCUAAACUAGCAGCCAUGCAACUGAAUCCCUUUGGAGUGUACGACAGCACGAUUUGGAAGGAAAGAUACGAUUACGUCGUCAAAACUUGCGCACUCACUGGAAUUGUGACUACACCUACUCCAAGCACGAUCCGUUUCAACAGUACCGAGCCUGAUGGCUGCGCAAAGGAGGACAAGUAUAUUUCCCGCGUUGGUGAUACAUGCGACAGCAUUGCACAAUCCAAUCGGGUGUCUUCAGGAACGCUCUAUGAGAUUAAUCCAUCGCUGAUUGAUUGCUCAAGUGUUGGGGCUAAUCUCGCCUUAUGUUUACCUCCACGAUGUGAGAAGCUGUACCAGGUCAAACCUUCGGACAAUUGCACCCGUAUAGCCUCAUUAACGGAUAUUUCUUGGCUUAACAUCAUCAGUUGGAAUGGCAUGGUGGAUCCUUGGUGUUCAAACAUUUAUGGUGCUCAACCAAGCUGGGGGUCGACAAUUUGUGUAUCUCCACCCGGUGGAGCGUAUAAUCACACCCCAGGAAAUGGUACGGGAGGUGGCGUCGGGGGCCCUGGAGGGAAUGGCGAUGGAUAUGCAAAGGAAGUUGUACUCCCUCCGGCUGGGAGUGUACUGGCAACGAAUACAACCAGGAGCUGCGGACUCUUCUACACGGUACAAGCUGGGGACACAUGCCGGGGCAUCCUGAUCAACUCGAACACGCCUUCGGAUCUCUUUUUGGCCAUUAAUCCAUCUCUUGGGACGGCCGACACAUGCAACUCGAAGCUGACUGCUGGGCUGACCUACUGUCUUCAACCUGUUAAAAAUUGGAACGAUCCUCUUCCAAUUUCAACGCCGACACCAAGUCCAACAAGACCUGCUGUAUCCACGUCACUGAGUAAAACGGCUUCGACGUCUGCCAGAUCUUCAAGCAAGCUGGUUUCUGGAUCCAGCGGUUUUUCGAGCAAGGUGAUUUCUACAUCCACUAAGUCCUCCGCCAGACCAGCCUCCGCAACCACUCGGUCUCUAGUAUAG